CCGGCGGCGGGGGAGGAGGCGUGUGCCGUGGUCCACUGCUGCCUGGAGGCCAAGCCCUGCGCUGGGCCGACCUCACGCUUCGGACUUUCUGCCUGCUCCCCGCGCUCAGUCCGCACCCGCAGCUCUGCGCUGCCCCCUCGGACCGCACACCCGGAGAUCGCGCCAUGAGCCUGGGCGAGCGUGGCGGCGGCGGCGACACGAGGAAGGGCGCCCCGGCGGACGGUGGCGACCGGGGUAGCCCAGCGACGGCAGCAUGGGCUUGGACUGUGAGCGCGCUGUGCCUGCUGCUCUCCGUGGGCACAGCGGCCGCCUGUCUGCUCCUGGGCGCUCAAGCAACCUCGCUGCAGGGCCGGGUGGCUGCGCUGGAGGAGGAGCGGGAGCUGCUGAGACGAACGGGGUCUCCGGCCGCCCUGGCCGCCUGGGCCGAGCCGCACCUGGAGCGCCUGCUGCGCGAGAAGUUGGAGGGACUUGCCAAGCUCCGGACCGUUCGGGAAGCGCCGGCUGAAUGCGUCUGUUCCCAGGGGCCCCCCGGACGGCGUGGCAAGCCUGGAAGAAGAGGCGAUCCCGGUCCACCAGGGCAAUCAGGACGAGAUGGCUACCCGGGGCCACUGGGUCUGGAUGGAAAGCCAGGACUUCCAGGCCCCAAGGGCGAAAAGGGUGCACCAGGAGACUUUGGCCCUCGGGGAGACCGCGGGCAAGAUGGAACUGCUGGGCCUCCAGGGCCUCCAGGGCCCCCUGGACCGCCUGGGGCUCGGGGCCCUCCUGGUGACACUGGGAAAGAUGGCCCCAGGGGAGUACCAGGCCCAGUGGGUCCCAAGGGAGAGGCUGGACGAGAUGGCGAGCCGGGCCCAAAGGGACCUCCGGGGCCCAAGGGCGAGCCCGGCGUUCCUGGAAGGAAGGGGGACGAUGGAAUGCCAAGCCCACCAGGGCUACCUGGACCCCCGGGGCCCAAGGGCGAGCCAGGGAGCGUGGGGCCGCCGGGAGAGAGCGGCGUGGACGGGGCCCCAGGGCCCAAGGGGGAGCCUGGCCAGCGAGGAGCCGAGGGAGCCACGGGGCUGCGGGGUCCCCCGGGCUUCAAGGGCGAGCAAGGAGACACAGUGGUGAUUGACUACGACGGCAAGAUCUUGGAUGCCCUUAAGGGUCCUCCCGGGCCCCCAGGGCCACCAGGGAUCCCCGGAGCCAAGGGCGAGCUCGGACUGCCGGGUGCCCCCGGGAUUGACGGAGAAAAGGGUCCCAAAGGACAAAAAGGAGACCCAGGAGAGGUGGGGCCAGCCGGACCCAAAGGGGAAGCAGGCGAGAUGGGCCUGCCUGGCCUCCCGGGUGCCCACGGCCCCAAGGGGCAGAAGGGAGAGCCAGCAUCUGACAAGCUACCCGAGAGCCUGGCCCAGAUCAUAGUGGAGCCCGGGCCCCCCGGCCCCCCCGGCCCCCCAGGCCCCAUGGGCCUGCAGGGAGCCCAGGGUCCCAAGGGUUUGGAUGGAGCAAAGGGAGAGAAGGGCGAGGCAGGGGAGAGAGGCCCCAGCGGCCUGCCUGGACCAGCAGGCCCACUGGGCCUUAUUGGGCUGCCAGGAACCAAAGGAGAGAAGGGCAGGCCCGGAGAGCCAGGGGAGCCAGGACUGGAUGGUUUCCCUGGACCCCGAGGAGAGAAAGGCGACCGGAGCGAGCGUGGAGAGAAGGGGGAGCGAGGCAUCCCCGGCCGGAAAGGAGUGAAGGGCCAGAAGGGCGAGCCGGGACCUCCAGGCCUGGACCAGCCAUGCCCUGUGGGCACCGACGGGCUGCCCGUCCCUGGCUGCUGGCAUCAGUGAUCCUCAGCACCCAGCUCACGACCUGUACAGAUCCAUGUGGACAUUUUUAAUUUUUGUAAAAACAAAACUAAUAUAUUGAUCUUCUUUCACGGGAUGCACUGCCCGUGGCCUCCAACCUUUGAGCAUGUGCCUGGCCCUGCCCCAGAACGACCAGCACGUGGCGCCGGCAGGAAUUCAGACAAGCCAGUCGGGGGAACGGCGCACUGGAGGGGCACCGCUGGCCUUCGGAAGGAGACAAAGGUGGAGGUGCCUGGCUCAGGCGAGGCUGCAUGGACGCCGGGUGGGGCUUUCUGUUGCCUGAUUAGCAGACUCCCGCUGCCUGGCUGCCCUACAAGAGCCUGCCCCUGAAGCUCCAGAGCCUUGGGGACCACCUGGGGCGUGGAUGGCCACUGCAGCUGCUCCUGGCCUCUCCAGCCAGAGCCAGCUGUCCAUCCUGCCAGGCCCUCCUGGACUCUGGGCUCACCAGGGCAGGGUGAGACUCCCGCCCCAGGCAGGUCUAGCUCUCCAAGUUCAGUAGGCCUCAGGAGGCCCGCCUGGACGGGAACACAUGUCCUCCGACUGGGAGGACAGGCCAAGCACUGUGGGCACCACCACGUGGACCCAGCCGCAGGGAGCAUGGGUCCCCCAGUGUGGAGGAUGGAAAGACCCAGGCUGGACUGGCUGCUGCUUCCUAUCUGUCUCCCCGGCCCUAGCCCGGAGCAGGGGUGUGAUAGGACUUUGCCAGCCUGAGGAGAUGGGCCUCCAGCUCGGAGUCUGGGUGUCACUGGCCCCACUCUCCCUCCCAGGAGAACUCGGGUCCCCCGGGUGCACUGUCAGAUGAAGAGAACUACAGGGUGGGCUCUCAGCGGCCCCAGCAGGGGCCUAACCUGCACAUCGGCCCUCUUAGAAGAGGUUUCCCCACCUCUGACAAAGGUCCCCAGCCACCAGCUCUGGCCCGCUACUCGCCUCCCCUCUCUGUGUAGAUGGACACUGCUGCGUGUAAUA